CAAACACGAGGAGAGAAAAUGGUAUCAAUCAAGAUAUAUAUGGCAUUCCGUUUCAUGCUGUUUUGCUACUGAACUUCUUCGAUUACCUGUUUCCUGCUAUAACUUUCAAUUAUUUGCAGGAGAUUCUUUUUUACUAUUAUUUUGAAAAGGAUGUAUGCGAUUUAUAAACAAACGCACCCUCCGACAGGGAUCGAACACUGCGUCUACUGUCAAUUCUUUUCGCCAGCUGAAAACAAUCUUGUUGUGGCGGGGACAUCACAGCUUCGUAUCUACAAGUUUUAUACCCAAGAUGAGCAUAAUUCAACAGGACCAGCAUCAUCAGACAAGACAGGAGAUGGUACUGCAAAGAGAAGGAAGUUGGAGCUUGUCAGCCAGUAUUCUUUGUUUGGCAACAUAGAAUGCCUUAAAGCUGUUAGGUUAGCUGGAAAUUCAAGGGACUCACUGCUAUUGAGCUUUAAGGAUGCCAAGUUUGCUGUGGUGGAUUAUGAUCCAGGCACUCAUGACUUGAAGACAAGAAGUUUGCAUUACUUUGAAGAUGACAAAAUAACCAAGAGUUGCAAUCAAGAGUAUUUUCGGCCCCCUGUGGUGUGUGUGGAUCCUGAUCGACGCUGUGCAGUGAUGCUUAUCUAUGGCACACAUAUUGUGGUUUUACCAUUUAGACAAGAAGGAGUAUUGGAUGAACACGAGCAGGAAGGAACUUUUACAGCAAGUGGUGAUCGAUCUCCUUUGUUACCAAGUUACACCAUCAACCUCAAAGACAUUCAUGAAAAGUUGUGCAACAUUAUAGAUAUUCAGUUUCUUCACGGUUACUAUGAACCUACCCUGUUAAUACUUUAUGAACCACUGCAAACUUGGCCAGGCCGUCUUGCCAUGCGACAUGACACAUGUGCUUUGGUCGCUGUCUCCCUGAAUUUAUCUCAGCGCACUCAUCCAGUUGUGUGGUCCCUGAAUAAGUUUGUGAGUGUGGAAAUGGGUAUUUAUUUCUUGGAUCUCGACUUGGCAACUCAAUCCUUGUCAAAUACACUGAAAAGGAGGAACUAGGUACAGAACCAGAUUUGUUCUCACCAGGAAUGGACCCCCCACAAGCCAAAAGAAGAAGACUGGACACAGAUUACACAUAUGCUUUAGAUGAUCUGGACGAGUUGGAAGUGUAUGGUAAAGAGGAACAAUCUGGGGUGAAGCUCACAUCAUACUCAUUUGAAGUAUGCGACAGUUUGCUCAACAUUGGACCUUGCACUAGUGUUGAUAUGGGAGAGCCUGCAUUUCUUUCGGAAGAGUUUUCUGGUGGUAAGGAGCUGGAUUUGGAACUUGUUUCAUGUUCUGGGUAUGGAAAAAAUGGUGCAUUAUCAGUUCUACAGCGAAGUGUGAGACCUCAAGUUGUGACAACAUUUGAGCUUCCUGGCUGUGUUGACAUGUGGACAGUUUUGUCUGGUGAACAGGGUGACAACAGCUAUCACUCAUUCCUACUGCUCAGCAGAGAGGACUCUAGCAUGGUGUUAAAGACAGAACAAGAGAUUAUGGAACUUGAUCACUCAGGCUUUACUUCCCAGUACCCCACUGUAUUUGCUGGAAAUCUUGGGAAUGGAAAGUACAUCUUGCAGGUAACUCCUCAAGGUGUUAGCUUGUUAGAAGGAGUAACACAGUUGUAUCACAUUUCACUGGAUGCUGGCUUGUCAUCAAUUGUGUGGUGUUCACUGUCUGAUCCUUAUGCAGUCAUGAUGACAGCAGAUGGUUCCAUUAUUUUACUUGAGUUUACAUUGGAAGGUACAGAACCUAAGGUGAAGAUAUCCAGGCCACAGAUCAACCAAGGGGGGAAAGUCUGCGCCUGCUGUGCAUAUAGAGAUGUCAGUGGUAUCUUUUCCACAGAGAAGGUGGACCAGUCACUCAGAAAAGUUCAACGUCAAACCAGUACUCCCACCACUCCUAAAAGUAUGGAUGUGUUAGAUGAGGAUGAACUGUUGUAUGGAGAAUCGUCUUUGCCAUUUACGUCUGAUGAAGAAGCUCAAGAACAGAAGAACGUAAAUGACAGUGUGUUCACUGGGGAAUCAAAUGCUGAAACAGUGAAUCCAACAUGGUGGUGUGUUGUUUGUCGUGACAAUGGUGUCUUGGAGAUUUACACUUUACCUGAUUUCAAGUUGGUUUUCUUGGUUAAAAAUUUCAAUAUGGCUCCAAGAGUGUUAGUGGACAGUGGGUCUGCUUCUGGUGUAAGUAUCACAGGCAGUGUCGGUCAGGAGGAUUCUUCACCUGUCAGGGAAAUCUUACUAGCAGGCUUAGGGCACAAAAACAGCAGACCUAUGCUUAUUGCACUUGUGGAACAGGAACUUUUGGUGUAUGAAGCAUUCACUUUCACUGAAGCUUCUGUAGAAAGUCACCUUAACUUAAGGUUCAAGAAGGUCCAACACAAUCUGCUUCUGCGUGACAAGAAAUCAAAGCAGCAAAAAGUAAAGCAGGUGGAUGGUAUUCAAGGGACAAAACCAAAAGUGUCCAGUCUCCGUGUCUUCAGUGAUGUCUCAUCUUAUUCAGGGGUGUUUUUGUGUGGUUCCUACCCAUACUGGCUGUUUGUUACCAGUAGAGGUGCGCUGCGAACUCAUCCGAUGAACAUUGAUGGCGCUGUCACUUGCUUUGCCCCUUUCCAUAAUGUCAACUGUCCCAAAGGUUUUCUUUACUUCAACAAGAAGGGGGAGUUAAGAAUUUCAGUUCUCCCAACCCAUCUUAGUUACGAUGCCCCGUGGCCUGUAAGGAAGGUUCCUCUGAGAUGCACUCCUCAUUUUGUGACUUACAACAGAGAAAGCAAGACAUAUGCAGUUGUCACAAGCUUGUCAGAACAAACUAAGAGAGUGGUCAAAUUGAACACUGAGGAUCAUGAAGCUGAAGAUAUCGAUAGAGAUUCAAGAUUUGUAUAUCCAAUUAUUGACCGAUUCAGCCUACAGCUUAUCUCACCAGUUAGUUGGGAGAUUAUACCAGGCACACGAAUUGAGAUGGAGGACUGGGAACAUGUCACCACCUGCAAGAAUCUUAUGCUAGCAAGUCAGGAGACUCAUGCAGGUCACAAGGGUUUUAUUUGUGUUGGCACAACUCAUGUGUACGGUGAAGAUAUUACCUGCAGGGGACGGAUUUUGAUAUUUGAUAUCAUUGAAGUUGUCCCCGAGCCGGGCCAGCCAUUGACCAAGAAUAAGUUUAAGAUGUUGUACGGUAAGGAACAGAAAGGUCCAGUGAGUGCUCUGACUCAAGUCAAUGGUUACCUUGUGAGCGCCAUAGGACAGAAGAUUUACAUCUGGAAUUUCAAAGAUAGCAAUGAUUUGGUGGGAAUGGCAUUUAUUGACACGCAAAUGUACAUUCAUUCGUUAAUGUCCAUCAAGACUCUGAUUAUUGCAGCUGAUUUAUGCAAGAGCAUUACUCUCCUUCGAUUACAGGAGGAAACAAAGACUCUGGCAUUCGUUAGCAAGGAUCCAAAACCAUUAGAAGUGUAUUCGGCCGAUUUUGUUAUUGAUGGUCCACAACUGGGAUUUCUUGUAUCAGAUGGUGAUCAAAACUUGCUUUUACUCACUUAUCAACCAGAAGCUGUUGAAAGCUUCGGUGGUCAGCGACUUCUUCAGCGAGCGGAUAUUAACAUAGGAAGCCAUAUUACUUCAUUCUUCAGGAUCCGUGCAAGAACAACAGGAAAAGUUGGCGGUAAAGACUUGAGACAGCUGACUUGUUUUGGCACACUGGAUGGUGGGCUUGGACUGUUAUUACCUAUGACUGAGAAAACAUACAGACGACUACACAUGCUGCAAACCAAACUUGUCGAAUGCAUUCCACACGUCGCUGGUCUUAAUCCAAAGGCUUUCAGACUUGUACGAGGUAAGAAACGAAGCUUGAACAAUCCUCACAGAAAUAUAUUGGAUGGAGAGUUACUCGGCAAAUUUCUGCAGCUUGGCACUAUGGAAAAACUUGAGGUUGCAAAGAAAAUCGGCACCACGCCAGCUCAGAUUCUUGACGACUUGAUGGAUGUUGAAAGAUCGUGUUCACAUUUCUGAGGGCAAUGCCUGAGAGGUGCUUAAAUACAAGUGAAAGAUCGCAUCAAGGA